GGUUGGCUGGUUUGGGGAACGGUCCCUUUUCUUGAACUCACUCGAGUUCUUGGACAAGCUUGCUUGAUGUUUGUCCUAUCCACGAGACAGACCCCUUCGAAAAUCGAGCGCUGGCGUUUUGUGAUCCGGAACCCUGCGGGUGAUGUCGCCGCUUGACACGCCCUUUGAGGACCCGUCGGGUGAGCGCUGGGGCGUGUGGCAGGCCUUUGAGGAGCACACGGUUCGCUUGUGCAUCGCUGGCGAGGAGGUGAAGGGCUGCUUUCCCACGCGCGAGGAGGCGAUCAGCUUUCAGCUGCAGCAGCUGCAGAGUCGGCUAUCAUGGCCUCGCACAGCACUACAACCUCUGCCCGAGCGUUCGCCCAUCUGGGACCAUCCCGAGGAGUUGGAGGGCAUGAAGCAGUACACCUUCAGGGUGCCGCGGCACGCAGGCAAGGCUUUGGACGCGGCACAGCUCGAGGCGUACCACGAGCAGGGCUUCCUGCUGAACCUUCCGGUGCUGCAGGGCGAGGCGCUCACGGAGGCCACCCAGUGCUUCGAGGAGCUGCUCCAAGAGCGUCUUGAUCGCGCGCCGGACGUGGACUCGCGCUUCCGGGCAGCCCAUACUCUCUCACGGCCACUGCAUCAGGACCUGGUGCAUCACUUGGCCACCCACGAGCGGGUCCUUGCGAUCGUGGAGGACGUGCGGGAGUUCUGCUGUUGGAGCGCCCACCUCUUCUGCAAGCUCCCCAGCGACCCCACGGAGCAGCCCUGGCAUCAGGAUGCAGGCUUCUGGCCGCUUUCUGAGUCUCGUGCCCUGACUCUGUGGCUGGCCUUCGACCCCGUGGACGACACCAACUCUGCGGUGACCUUCGUCGCCGGCUCCCACCGUUUGGGUCGGCUGCCCUGGCAGCCCACCGCAAGCAGUCGACACUUGCUGACCCAGGAAAUCCCCGACGUGGAUCUUCUGGGCGAGAAGGUGAGCUGCCGACUGGCACCGGGCCACGCCUCCAUUCAUAGCGACCUCACAGUGCAUGGCAGCCUGGGCAACAGCAGCACUCGGCGGAGAGCUGGGCUGGCGCUGCGGUUCGUGGCCUGCGAUGCCGUGUGCCUGGGGGCCAUGAUCAAUGGUUACGAGAUGAACCGUGCGGUGAUUCUGCCCAAGGGGAAGUUGUCAGACCCGCAGGGCCACUGGCGAUCCUUGAAGAAGAGGCCCGGAGCGCGCAGGAAAGCCAAAGGCGAGCAGAGAAGCGACCGACCGGAUGCUCUGGACCAAUGAAACUGGUGAGGGGAA